UCCCCCACCACCCUCGCUCGCAGGCAGCCCAGCGCAGCAAUGAUAGAUCUUCCAACCUAGCAAGAGCAAAGCGAGGAAAGGAAAAGAAUGACACCACCACACAUACCAGCAGCAGCCGUCGCCACUUCUUCUAGCCCCUAGAAACCUUCUACUCCUAUCAAAGACGGGCUGUGGAGUUUGACGGGCGGGUGUCGUUGCUCUCCUGAUGGGGAACUGUGCCGGCGUGCAGGGGAACGCCGAGAUCAACCCGUCCUUCAGCGCUCCCAACUCCUCAGGGACUAACUCCAAGAACAGCAGCAAGAAUGCGACUGAUACCAACACCUUCAGUAAGGGUUCUUCGUCGUCGGUGCCACCGACUCCUCGGAGCGAGAAGGAGAUCCUGCAGUCCUCGAAUCUCCGGAAGUUCACCUUCAGUGAGCUGAAAGGGUCCACAAGGAACUUCCGGCCGGACAGCUUGCUGGGGGAAGGGGGCUUCGGCUCCGUGUUCAAGGGAUGGAUGGAUGAGCGCACGCUCACGCCUGUCAAGCCGGGCACCGGGAUGAUCGUCGCCGUGAAGAAGCUCAAGCUGGACAGCUUCCAGGGGCACAAGGAAUGGCUGGCUGAGGUCAAUUACCUGGGUCAGCUAUCACACCCCAAUCUUGUGAAGCUCAUUGGGUACUGCCUGGAGGACGAACAGCGGCUUCUCGUGUAUGAGUUCAUGCCGAGGGGCAGCCUGGAGCACCAUCUUUUCAGGAGAGCUCCACACUUCCAACCCCUCUCAUGGAAUUUACGGAUGAAGGUUGCGCUUGAGGCCGCCAGGGGACUCGCUUUCCUGCAUAGCGAUGAGGCUAAAGUCAUAUACCGUGAUUUCAAGACCUCUAAUGUUCUUCUUGACUCGGAAUAUAAUGCAAAACUCUCUGAUUUUGGCUUGGCAAAAGAUGGCCCAAGUGGUGAUAAAAGUCAUGUUUCUACAAGGGUCAUGGGGACUCAAGGAUAUGCUGCCCCCGAAUAUCUCGCUACAGGCCAUUUGACCGCGAAGAGCGAUGUCUACACUUAUGGUGUUGUUCUUCUGGAGUUGCUGACCGGGCAGCGUGCCCUGGACAAGAACCGCCCUCCUGGACAGCAUAACCUGGUGGAGUGGGCAAGACCUUAUAUCAACAGCAAGAGGAGGGUCAUCCAUGUCCUGGACCCACGGUUGGGUUCACAAUACUCGCUCCCGGCAGCCCAGAAGACGGCGUCGCUUGCGCUGCAGUGCCUGUCGAUGGAUGCACGGUGCAGGCCAGACAUGGAUCAGGUUGUGACCGCUCUGGAAAAGCUUCAGGAGACGAAAAAAACAGGCAAGUAGGGGAUUGCUGCUGUUUACAAGUGUCUGUAACCUCUCUGGAGCAGCGUCCUCUCCUUGUAAACAAACACCUCAGGGAGUAGAAACAGUGAACAGAUGCCGGACUUGAGGGGAAGACUUGUUUUUGGACCUGCCAAGAAGAGAAUGUAUGAUAUAUGUCGCCUUGUGUACAGCUAGCUGUUAGCCCGUGACUUUGCUGUCAGCCUGCCACAUGUUUUAUAUUUGCAGUACAUCAGCUUUGUAUUACAAGUUUGUUUGAAGUAUAUUGUCACAAAUCGCUCAAUUAUUGGAGAUGCAUACAGUGCGUGUUAA